UCAAUCUGUCAAAAAGUUCAAAGAUUACAAGUUGUGAAGUUUUUGUAAUUUAUAUGCACUUGGAAAAGACUGGAAAUGUCCCAAUAAAAUUAUCAAAACGAUAUCAUUUGUUGCUUAUUAAAGGAUAUUAAAUGUUAAAGGCGUAUCUAAUGGACUUUUUAUCUUCGAAUCGGUUGUGUGAAGUGUAUAAUGUUUUCGUAUUUGUGAUAAAGUUUGUGUCGUAAAUGAUAUAAUAUUUUGUAAAUAGCCAGCGUAUACGCAAGCUGAUUGUUUGCGUUAAAAAUAUUAUCCUGGCUCACGGUAGUGCCGUAGUUACAACUUGGAACUUGUUCGUUUUACUUUGCAACUUAGAACGCGGCGCGAACUAUAUUUUCUUGAAGUUUCCAUGUUUUAUCAAAAAGGAUGGCCGAUUCUCCGCAGCCUAGCGCAGCAAAGUGUGGCAAGUAACGCCACAACGGAGAGGGGCCCUAGCGGCCACGCGUCAUGACGCGAUUCGGACAUGACAGGCCGCACACGAGCACGCUGCCGUCUCUGCAGCUGACAGUGGACACCGACAUCGCGGACGCAGACAUCGAGAUCUGCGAUGACGACGACGGCGCGGGCAGCCACGGGCGACCACAGCAGCUGCUGCAGAUCACCUCGCAGCCACACGACCAGCGCAGCAAACGCAGGAACUCACAGACCCUCUCGGCUGCGUUUGAUUUGUCGAGCUGCGAAGUUCUCUCUACUUCGUCGGUAUCUACGGCCACUUCAAACAGGAAAAGAAAAACAUCACCCUACACUUGCAGUUCUUUCGAAGAUGACUGCCAUGAUGCGAAAUCUACCCGCAGCAGCAUACCAGACAAAAAACAAAACCACAGUGAGAUUGAGAAGCGACGACGCGAUAAGAUGAACAACUACAUAUUGGAGCUGAGUUCCAUGAUUCCCAUCUGUAACGCCAUGUCGAGGAAGCUGGACAAGCUCACGGUGCUGCGUAUGGCUGUGCAGCAUAUGAGGUCUGUCCGGGGCGCAAUUUCUGCGGGCCCGCUGACUCUGCGGCCCAGACCCGCGUUCCUCUCGGAGCAGGAUCUGAACAAUAUGGUGCUCAAGGCGGCGGAGGAUUCCUUCUUGAUGGUGGUGGGCUGCGACCGCGGACGGCUGCUCUACGUGUCAUGUUCGGUCACGAAGAUGUUGCAAUACGAUCAGGCGGAGCUUCUGGGCCAGAGUCUAUUCGACAUCUUGCAUCCGAAGGACGUGGCUAAAGUGAAGGAGCAGCUGUCAGCGUCCGACCUCAAUCCGCGAGAGCGAUUUAUUGAUACCAAAACCAUGUUGCCUGUUAAAACGGACUACGUGUCGAGCGCGUCGCGACUGUGCCCGGGCGCGCGGCGCUCCUUCUUCUGCCGCAUUAAAUGCCGCGCCGCCACCGUCAUCACUGCGCCCAGCUGCACUGUCACCUCGGGCUCGCUGCAGCCGCCGCACGUCAAAGAGGAGCAAGGCAGCGACUGCAACCCCACCAAGAGGAAGAAGCAAACCGAGAGGAAGUACUGCGUGGUGCAGUUCACAGGUUAUCUGAAAUCCUGGGCACCGACAGAUGGCCAGGAUAACGGGAAUGCGGACGGGAUGGCCGACGACGGUGACGCCAGCAACCUGUCCUGCCUGGUGGCGGUGGGCAGGUCUCUGACUGAGCUGACGCGCUUCAUGGCUCCCGCGCCGCAUCGCCGACUGUUGCAGUUCACGUCCAGGCACGCUACGGACAGCAAGUUCGUGUUUGUGGACCAGAGGGUGACGCUAGUCCUGGGCUUCCUCCCGCAAGAGCUUCUGGGCACGAGUCUGUACGAGCAUGUGAACGCUUCAGAGCUGAGCGCGGUCGCGAAGACGCACAAGGCAGCGCUACUUCAAAGAGACGCUUUGAAGACGCCGCCAUACAAUUUCAAGAAGAAAGAUGGCUCCUACAUUAGGAUACAGACGCAUUUCAAGCCGUUCAACAAUCCGUGGACGAGGGACGUGGAUUGCUUGGUCGCCAACAACACCGUGGUAGCGGAUGACGCGGCCGAUGUCACGCCUGAGGACAGUUCCUUUGACGUAUUUCAUGGAAAAGCUGACGCGGAGAUGCAACGGUUGAUCGACUCGCAGGUCGAGUCUCACAAGAUCGGCUCGACGAUCGCGGACGAAGUGUUGCGGCGGUCACCCACGGAGUUCUCGGCCGAACUGCCCGCCGAUUUGCUUCAAGACGCAGUGUUCAUUCAACAGCCAACGCUGGACACCUUGCUCGGUGCAGAGGUGGACUCCUUCGAAGGACAAGUGCGUAACAACGUCCCUCUGAGUGCAGCGGGCGCCGCAGACACCCCUCCGCCCGAGGUCCACGAGCUGCCCGCCAACAGUCCGCAGCCCGCCUCGCCGCCUCUCCCCACGCUGAGCUUCGACGGCAACGGAGAGGCAACCAUGGCGGUAAUCAUGAGCUUGCUGGAAGCCGAUGCGGGUCUAGGAGGCCCCGUCAAUUUCAAUGGCUUACCUUGGCCGUUACCUUAAAGUUCUGUUACUUGCAAAGUUUGAGGUCACCUUUACAGCAAUGCAAUCUCUCACCGUGCUCUAUAAGUUCUUAAAUGCCAACCCACGACCAAUAGCAUCGAACCCGAAAUAUUGCUCUCUUAUUCCUUGCGAUAGGACGCAAGAGAGAGCAAUAUUUCCGGCUUGGGUAAUAUUGGUUGAAUUUUUUUCCUAUCACGAGAUUCAUAUUGUGUGUGGACUAUGGAUUCAUCAUUGUGUUUCUUUACUAUUUAUCGCGUAGUAGUGUCUGACAGGAGAAUCGGUAAAAGUAUGGAGGAUAUGAUGAAAAAAAAAUAUUCAUAUAGGCAGGAUUGAAAUACAUUAAAAAUUAACUUCAAUUAACUGCAAAACAUUUAUAAAAUUGCAAUAAAGGUGACCUCAUGUAUUAAGAGUUAUUUUGAUAAUAAUUUUAAAUAUACAUAUUUUGUUGAUUUUAAUUUACAUGUGAUGGACAGUGCAUAGAUGCAGGCUGCGGUUCGUAAAGCCGCCAACGCUUGUGUGUGUUGUCUAUUGCAUAUACAGGUAUUCUUAUGUUUUUAACUGAAUCCGAGUCAUUCGAAUUCCCACAAAGGACAUGUCCCAAAUUGGGCCAUUAAUAAAAUAAUUAUUCAUAAUUUACAAGUUGCUUGAUAGUAUUUUUACUGAACUGAAUUUAUGUCCGUUAGCUGUGAAUAUCGUGCAAUAUUAUCAAAUAUGAUUCGUGAGUACCUUAAAUUGUCUAAAUGAUAUAGUUAGGGUUCCGUAAAACAUUUUUUUACAAAUGAUUACUAUCAAGUUAACUUUUCGUGAGUAGCUUCACCUCGAUAAUUUUUUAAUUUUUAUUUACGAAAAUUCUUGAUUCUGGUAGCUAACUGAGUUACCAGGAAAUAAAAAUUCUGAGUGUCAGAACGAGAUAAUGUACCACGCAAUUUGUAGGACAUUGUGGCUGUUAAGUUGUAUAACUAUUAAUUAAGCAACAGUGAAAAGCAGCUGUCUAAAAGAUACUUACUUCAUUUUCUUUAAAAUAAAAAUAAGUGUACACUCGGAAUAAUGACCCCAUACAAAACUGGGACAUGUCUUUUUUACAAUUCUUAUUUUAUUGUUUAUUUUGGUAUUCGUUUUACUUUGUUGUCUUGAUCUUGCCCUUUAGUUGAAUUCACGCUGUAGACUAGGCGUUUUUAGAUUUAAUCAAUCAUGUUAGAAUUAAAUUAUACUAUGAAUGUUUUAGUGUUGGUACGUGUUUGACUCGUUCUUUAUAAUAUAAGAAUUCAAUCUUGUUGUUUAAGAUUUUAACUUCUAUUUUAUGUGCGACAAAUCAAACAUCAAUUACUUACUUAUAUAUGGAAUAUUUUAUCCCGUAUUUAUUUGUUGAACAAAUUCUAGAUGAAAACUUUAAAUCCAUGAGACAGAUUUAUAUGAAUCUCUAAGCUAAAUUGACAUGCUAUUUAUUUUUAAACCUGUCAUUUUAAUUUAGAGACUGUCCAACAUAACGAAUUUAAUUCAAAUAAUGAAUUUCAUUCACGAAUUUCGUACUUUAAUAUAUGUAUACGUAUUUUCGAGUAUUUUUUUUUAGAAAUUAUUACAUUUUAUUGUAAUUACUUAUUUGUUUAUAAAUGUUUAGGGUUCAGUAGUCCACAAGAAACCCUUAUAGUUUCGUUAUGUCCGUCGGUCGAUCCUCUGUCCGCGGUUUAGCACAAAGUCUAUUACUACUAGAAAGCUGUAAUUUAGCUCGGGGUAUGUACUUUAAAAAUUAAAAUAAAAUCUUGAAAAAUAUUUUUUUAGGCAUGCAAAGUGAGGAUGUUUUUUUUUCGUUUAUCCCACACUGUGUGAUAGUGACAGUGCUAUCGGUAUUUUUGCAAUAAAAAGGUUUAAACUGCUCAUUUAAACUACUGAACCCUACACUGCGCGUGUCCCGAAACGCACUUGGCCGGGUUUUUUUUUAAUGUUUUAUAUAAAGAAUUUUAAAAAUAUUAUAAUAUCAUAACUUAUAUACUAAAAAUAAAUUAGUUGUAAGUAUAUAUUUCUGAUUAAUUAUAAUAAAUAUAUUAUUAAUCAAAAAUAUAUGGAACACAACGAUAUUUAUAGUUAUAUAUGGACUUGUUUUUCGUCCACAUUUUAAUUUAUUGCAUAAUAGAUGUUUGUCUUCCCAAAGUAUCUCUAUUUCUAUCAUAGUUAGAAAAAAAUAACAAAAAAAUCUAACAACGCUCCCUAGUUGCGUUACUUGUGCCAACCAAUCAAUGGUGCGUUAUUUUACGUAAGUCCUAAAAGAUACCGUGUCAGCAUCGAUGUAAUUUAUUAUUUUGUCAACCAUACCCAUUAAUGUCAUCGUUGCUGUAUUAUUAUUAUUAUAAGUUGAAUUUUUAGCAAACAACAUCCGUUUUCGCUUAACUUUCUACCUAAUAUCGACAAACUUAAUGCUUGUUAAUUUACCAGUUAAACAUUUCUAGAAAUAAUUGUGUUAGGUAGAUGAGUUAACGGACGGUCGGUGCAGUGACUUAAAUCUUGCGAUUCUAAAUGUAAGGUUUCGGUCAACAGACUAACGCAGACUAUCGUCAAAAUAGUUGAAAAAAAAUUCAAUAAAAUCCAAAGAUAAUUUUGAUUCGUCCGUAAGUCGUCCGGUUGUAUUAUUAAGUUUCGUUAAAGUAUAUUUGUUAUAGAAUUUAUUAGCCAUGAUAUCGAUUUAACCGACUCCGAUCACUCCGAGAUUCAGAGCUCUCUCAUAUCCAUAUACAAGUAUCGUUUCUAUUUCUUAAUACCUAUAACUGUAGAAGCAAUGAAAUGAUUAUUUUUCCACCGUAUGCAUUUUUCUUGCUUUGGCAGGCUCUAUAACCUAAAUCGAGUUUAACGAGCCACCCAUCAAUUCCCGAAGUUUAUAUAAUUGGCCAAACAUCUCAGUUUAUAACACACUAGCAGACGCCGCGCGGUUUCACCCGCGUGGUUACUGUUCCCGUAGGAAUACGGGGAGAAUAUAUAUCCCAUAGCCUUCCUCGAUAAAUGGGCUAUCUAACAAUGAAAGAAUUUUUCAAAUCGGACCAGUAGUUCUUGAGAUUGGCGCGUUCAAUCAAUCAAUCAAACAAACAAACAAACAAAUUCUUCAGCUUUAUACUCGUAAUAUUAAGCAUAGAUAGUCAAGUAAAUAUUCUUGAUAUUUCUUUAAAUUCAACUUUAAUUUUUUUUAUAUUUAAAUGUACAAUAUAGUAAAGAGGGCUCUGAAGUCUGGUAAAUUGAAUCUCACAAUCGAUUACAUUCGAUUAUCAUAGGAGUAGAUCCUAGUUGGAAAGGAAUCCGUGCCAAAUGUAGAAACACUCAAAGAGUAAACUUAAUAAUAUGUAAAUAAACCUAUAUGUAUUAAAAAACAAGCUUCUAUUUAACGCUCUAACAGUACGCUCAUAUCGGAUGGGAGAGGUUUUGUUAACCAAUAGGGUAUAUACAGGAUGCACGGGAGUAUUUCCCAUAACUUUAAGGUGUUGACGAGUCCACUUAUAGGAUAGUCGGUACCAUAUUAUUGUCAUCGAAUAUACGCAAGUAGGUAUACCAAAUUUGAAUCGAAGUUAAAUAAAAGCUUGUGUAAUUCGUCUACUUUUGGAAGUCAGUUUCAAUUUGGCUGUAGAGGUAAGGCUUACAGUAGUCGACAGAGAACGUGUUGGUAUGUAAACCUUCAGUUUAUACACACACACGCAUGGUUUGUUAUCUCAUGCAUCCAAAGCCAACCGGACUUCCCAGAAUAGAUUGACUAUGAUGAUAUAUGUAUAUUGUAAUGAUAUAUAUUAUAAUUUAUAACCAUGUUAUGUUUACAACUACAUUGUUUAUAGGUCAUAGGUAUACAAAGUAUAACUAAGGUUAACCAUUAGAACACAUUAAUGCGUUAUAUUAUCCUUAAAGAGUGAAAUAUUGUUUGUCUAUAUAUUACAUAUAUUAUGUGUAAAUUUAUAUAAACUUGCGCGUCAACUCAAACACAUAUGUUAGUGACAGCUUAAUAUAAUGUUAACCACAGAUGCACAUAGAUGCACAUGCGUUUUUAAAUUAGUGUAAUUAUCGGUGCUUUUAAACAGAGGUGUAACACGUCAAAAAGUUAAAAUUAAAUUAAGUCUUCGUCGGCAAAGACCAGGUCCCCUAUUUUUUAAUCCCCUGGAUGUGGAUUCCAAUCGCAUUUCCAGAUGCUUAGGAUACGCUCAGCCCACAAACCACAAUGCUUCGAUCACCGAUAUCUAGGCCGAGGAGUGUGUUUAACAGUAGACGCCUUAAAGGGUUGUUCCAUCCCCCACGUUCUUCUAGCCCUUGGGAAAGCUUCAACACUUGCCCAAAUUUCUGGUUCUAUCUUGGAGCCUACAAUGUACAAUCAGAAGAAAAAAUGCGCGAAGUUAUUCUGAUUUGGAAGCUAUUUGUGACACAAUUGUUAUUCUCGAUGCCAUCCAUUCAAACUGAGCUAACAGUAAUGCAGUCUGCAUAUAUGUAUUUGCCUCUUAUUCGUUCCUGUAUUCCAAUAUGCCGUCCUGAUUCGACAAUAUAUAUAUAUAUAUAUAUAUAUAUAUCUCUAUAUAUAUUUGCCGUUUGUAAUUAGUUACGGAAACCAGUGGAGGCUACGCAUCCUUGGUAAAAAGUUUCGUUAGGCCUAUGCUAGGACCCUCAUGCGAAUUACGUAUGCGUUAAUCGUAAUUUCACAAUUCGAUUUUCUGUAGUGUUGCUAUAUUAAGAUAAUUUAAAUUUGGCACCUCAACAAAAUCACAAUUUUCCUUCAUAGACACUACACAAGCAUACUGUGUUGACGUAUCAAGUUUAAGUAAUCUAGAUAUAGGCUUAUCGUCAAGAUGUUAGGCACUAGUGGUCAUAAAAUAAGUCAUAUGAACAUCGCGCUCUUGGGCGCAAAUCGGGCCGGCAUGAAAGGUCGUUGCGACCAAGCCACGUAUGCUUUGUGCGUUCUCGCGCUAGUUUUGUGGUGGUAAAUGUAGCCUGGCCAGCCAGUGUUACAUUGCCAGUACAUACUGCAUAACAACUGCAGUAGCCCGACAAUUGGUCGCUUCAUGGCUGUAGUCAAACCGUAGCUUUUGCGACCACGUCCAACAAUUUAGUCUUGUUCGUGGCCGGCUUACGCGGGUUCCAUUUUAAUGUUAGUCGUUAAAGAUGACAAUCUUACAGCCGUUUUCAAUCGCAGUUUAGUUGCUUAUCACCGUUAUUAUUAUUUGCUCAAACAAUACCACACAGUAACAGUAUAACAACGCUGUUGAGCAACUUACGAUCAGAUGCACGUGGCUUAUUGAAAAUGGCAUAUAAGAUUGUCUUAGGAGAUAAGUUAGAUAGGUUAAGCGAUAUUCGAAAAUAUUUCUUACUUAAAAUUUUAGGUUAUGGUAAAUAUAUGUACCGCCUAUUUUGAGUACUGCAUUUUGUUUUUAAUCUGAAAAUUAAAAGCAUCACACAUUUUUUCGUUAAAAGAAAUCAAUUUCAAGUACAAAACGAUAUCUAAAAUUACUUCCGUAAGUUUAUUGUAUUAUUUAUUUAGGAUAUUUCGUGUGCCAAAAACUCCAACACUGGGUUUAUGACAUAAUCGGUCACUGCGGCUUUUAAUUUAGGAAUUAUCCACAAUGAUUCAGUAGCAAUGCUACUUUUCUGUAGGAUAAUGAGUGAGAGUAGGUGUUUCUUCAAUAAAAUUUUCGCGGAAAAUAGUAUAAUUAAAGCAUUAGUUGUGGUCAUAAUCACUUAAGUAUACAGUAGCAUUAAGAAGUAGGUAUAUCAAAUUAAUUCUAUUCAAUGUUAAUUAUUAGAGUGCCCGCCUUUGUUCUAUAAGUUUCCAUAUUUUGACUCGAUAUCCGGUUUAUUUCGUUAUAGGUCGCUAUAGAGGGAACUUCUUUAUUUUCUCUAGGGCAAGUAACUGUAAAUCUAUCGAUGUUCCCAAUAAAGGAUUAAAAUAAUUUUAUUGAAACAAACUCUACAUUUGGAUUUUUUUUGUUUAUUCGUCGCAUACAUUUACAGGUCAUUUUUCGAUUUACUAGGCAGCUAUGUGGACUUACACAUUUUGAAUAAGUCUAGACCAUAAAAGACAAAAUUUCCUUUUAGUACGCAAAAAUAUGUGCUGGUAUUACAAAAAAAAUAAUAAACUCGACAAUAACUUUAUAGGAAUGUAUUUUUCAGUGAUCUAAAAAUACCAAACAAUAAAAAAUCAUUUAAGACAAAUAGUUAUUUAAAAAAAAUUGGCUCAUUAAAAUGUGACGUCAAAAAAUUAGUGCAGCAUUGAUAUUGAAAUAUUGCAUGUGGAACAUUUUUUCACCAAUUUAAAAUAUGUUUUAGCCGAGUUUUCAAUCAGUUGUAUUGUAAAUAUAUUUGUGUUUUUAUUUUGUAACGUUAUUUUACUGAAUUUGUAUUAAAUUAGGAAUGUGUUGAUUAAAAAUCAGCAUCCUUAGAUACAAUAUUCAGUGGCGGAUUUGUCGCCUUAGCCGCUAUGCCCCAUGCUAUGUGUGUAGGUAUUAGUAAGUACCAUUUUACCUAAUAGCCAAGUUUUAACAAAAUCACUUCAGAAAUUAAUUAAUUACAAAGUUUGUAAGGUUUUAUUUAAUUAAAUUGAUUUAUUUGUUUACUGUUAUUGUCAGUCAAUUUUUGUCACGAAUGGCUGCCCCUAACCCUUGGCCUAGUCCAUUGCGCCUUACGGCAAAUCCGCCACUGGUCUACAUUUAAUUGUUGUUUAUUUAUCUACGGGAUGGUCAUAUUAAGAUAUAUAGUGAAAAAUUAAAUAGUCAUGUUGUAUAUUUGUGUUGUUGAUUUAAUUAUAUUUUUUGUUUAGUUUAUUUUUCAUUAUAAUAAAAGUUUUAAAUAUU